ACGGGCGCGCGCACGCGUCCUUCGCCGCUGGCCCCUCCGUGGGGGCGCGAGCACGCCGCCGUCCUCGUCGUGGUGAGCGUGACCGCUCCGGCUGGUCCCGGGGGCGGGGCCGUACGGGAAAGUGCUAAAGCCGCUGAGAUAAGACAACCAAGGAACAAAAAGAUCCCGGAGGGGGAGGCGGACGCGGACGCGGAGGUUGCGGUGAGCCAAGAUCGUGCCGUUGCACUCCAGCCUGGGCAACAAGAGCGAAACUCCAUCUCAAAAAAAAAAAAUAAAAUGCCAGCAGUUGCAAUUUUUUACAUUUUUGCCAUCAGACCUUGGCAAUGACCUUGAGCAGUAGGAUAUAAAUAACUCCCACAUGCUUAGCGUUCCAAUAAUGGGAACACUAGGCAUAAAUGGGUGAAAUGAUUUGUCCACAGUCUUGCAGCAAUGAAGUAAGAACUCUGCUAGAGAGGAAAUGGCUGCUUCAUCAUCAUCCUCCUCAGCUGGUGGGGUCAGUGGAAGUUCUGUCACUGGAUCUGGCUUCAGUGUCUCAGACCUUGCCCCACCACGGAAAGCCCUUUUCACCUACCCCAAAGGAGCUGGAGAGAUGUUAGAAGAUGGCUCUGAGAGAUUCCUCUGCGAAUCUGUUUUUAGCUAUCAAGUGGCAUCCACGCUUAAACAGGUGAAACAUGAUCAGCAAGUUGCUCGGAUGGAAAAACUAGCUGGUUUGGUAGAAGAGCUGGAGGCUGACGAGUGGCGGUUUAAGCCUAUCGAGCAGCUGCUGGGAUUCACCCCCUCUUCAGGUUGAUGCUGCCUGGAUGGUCGCCUCUGGUGCGCAGCAAGUGCAAAGCCAGUGGGGGACUUUCUCACAGCUUGCGUAGCCAUCCAGAGAUCCACAGCUACGUCGCUGAAUUGUUAAUGCACAUUUGUACUUGGUUUCUCUGUAUCUGUUCACAGGCAACAAAUACUUAUAUGUAUGAUCUUUCAGGGAAUAUUUUGUUUAUUGGUUUUUAAAAGUAUUGGGAAUCAGAUUAAGACAGUCGGUUUCAGAGAACCAGGAGGUUUGGGGUUAAGAGAUACUUAAAAAUUUUCACAAGCCAGGUAGGGCAUAUAUCAGAUUUGGCCAACUGAUUGGCAUCUGUCUUGUCAUCCAUACGGUGCCUGGAAAUAUUCACCAGUCAAGGUCAAGGUCAGCAUCUGUGGUUAAAAAUACAGCAUUUUGACCUAAAAAAGUUAUUUUGCAGAUGAAUGUGAUUUCAAUUUAGGAGCUAUCCAAAUGAGGAUCAAAUAUUCUUUUUUUUUCCUAUUUUUAGACAUCAAUUCUAUAGAUUCUAACUUUUUCUAACCUCUUCUUGACAUGCCAAAUGCUGGCAAAAAGAAGUGCUUUUUGGAUAUGGCAGCACUUGUAAAAAUAAAGCAGUAAGCAAAAUACUUUUAAACACAGAAAUCCUGAGUUCUUCUCAUUGGUGGACUCAAGCAAUUCUGUAGCAAAUAAAUCCUUUGAAAGAGCUCCAA